AUGUGUGGCAUUUGUUGUGCUGUAAGCUUUUCCAUUGAGUAUUUCAGCAAAAACUUGAAAGAGGAUUUACUAUGUAAUCUUAAACGGCGGGGACCCAAUAGUAGUAAACAGUUGUUAAAGUCUAAUGCUGACUAUCACUGUUUAUUUUCUGGUCAUGUCCUUCACUUAAGAGGCGUGCUGACAGCCCAGCCUGUGGAAGAUGAAAGAGGCAAUGUAUUCCUGUGGAAUGGAGAAGUCUUUGGUGGAAUAAAGGUUGCAGCUGAAGAGAAUGACACUCAAAUAAUGUUUAAUUAUCUUUCCUCUUGUAAGAAUGAGUCUGAUAUUUUGUCAGUCUUCUCAGAAGUCCAAGGUCCUUGGUCCUUUAUAUAUUAUCAAGCAUCUAGUCAUUCUUUAUGGUUUGGGAGGGAUUUUUUUGGUCGUCGUAGCUUGCUUUGGCAAUUUAGUAAUUUGGGCAAGAGUUUCUGCCUCUCUUCAGUUGCCACCCAAACGUCUGGAGUGGUUAAUCAGUGGCAAGAAGUUCCAGCAUCUGGAAUUUUCAGAAUUGAUCUCCUAUCUGCUUCCAUUUCCAAAUCUGUUGUUUUAAAAUUGUAUCCUUGGAAAUAUAACACUGGGAAUAAUGUUAUCAAAGAAUGUGCUGGGAUCCUGACUCUCAUUUCAGCAGACUUACCAACAUUUGUAUCAGUGGUAGAAAAUGAAGCCAAACUUUAUCUUAAAAAACCGGUUGUUCCUUUAAAUAUGAUGCUGCCACAAGCUCCAUUUGAAAUCCAUUGCAGUGGCAUCUCCAGCAUCCCACCAAGAGAGACCCUGAAGGUCUUUCUUACUGAUGGGCACAUGAACAAAGUAGUUCAGCAGUUCAUUGAUGUCCUGAGUGCUGCAGUCAAGAGACGAGUAUUGUGUUUACCUAGGGAUGAAAACCUCUCACCAAGUGAAGUUCUGAAAACUAAUAAUAGGAAAGCAAAUGUUGCAAUCCUGUUUUCUGGUGGUGUUGAUUCCAUGGUUAUUGCAGCCCUUGCUGACCGUCAUAUUCCUUUAGAUGAGCCAAUUGAUCUUCUUAAUGUGGCUUUCAUGAUGAAAGAAAAGAGCACACCAACUCAUUUUAACAAAGAAGGGAAAAAACAGAAAAAUCAUUAUGAAAUACCUCCUGAGGAAUCCUCUAAAAAUGAUCUCGCAGCUGCUUCUGCUGCUAGUCCUGAUGAACAAUUCAACGUGCCAGAUCGAAUCACAGGAAGAACAGGACUGAGGGAACUACAAGCUGCCAACCCUUCCCGGGUUUGGAAUUUUGUUGAAAUUAAUGUUUCUCUGGAAGAACUGCAAAAAUUCAGAAGGACUCGAAUAUCCCAUUUAGUUCAGCCCUUGGAUACAGUGUUGGAUGAUAGCAUUGGCUGUGCCGUCUGGUUUGCUUCUGGCGGAGUUGGUUGGUUAGUGACCCAGGAUGAAGCAAAACACUAUCAGAGCAGAGCAAAGGUAGUUCUUACUGGAAUUGGUGCAGAUGAGCAACUUGGCGGUUAUUCUCGUCAUCGUGUCCGCUUCCAGAAACACGGGCUAGAAGGAUUGAAUAAGGAAAUCGAGAUGGAACUGGGUCGAAUUUCUUCUAGAAAUCUUGGUCGUGAUGACAGGGUUAUUGGUGAUCAUGGAAAAGAAGCAAGAUUUCCUUUCCUGGAUGAAAAUGUUGUCUCCUUUCUAAAUUCCCUACCAGUUUGGGAAAAAGCAAACUUGACUUUACCCCGUGGAAUUGGUGAAAAGCUAAUUUUGCGUCUUGCAGCAAUGGAACUUGGUCUGACAACCUCUGCUCUUCUGCCAAAACGGGCCAUGCAAUUUGGAUCCAGAAUUGCAAAAAUGGAAAAGAAUAAUGAGAAGGCAUCUGAUAAAUGUGGAAGGCUCCAAGUCAUUUCUUUAGAAAACCUUUCUAUUGAAGAAGAGAUUCAAUUGUAAUAUCCCACAGUGUAACAACAUUUAUUGUUUUAAAAAAAUAAAACACUCUACUGCUUUAUUAUUGUA